AUGGCCAAGCCCCCUUCACCGCAGGCAAUUGAUGCAUCACAUGCCCAUCGGCUGCAGCGGAGGGUGCGGGUCAUGCGCACACUGUGCUCCGGGUGCUGCUGGGAAAGUGAGGUGUUUGUGUUGGAUGAUGGAGGGGAAGUGGAUUUGGAUCUGGGUAACUAUGAACGUUUUCUCGAUAUUCGGCUCACAAAAGAUAAUAACCUGACAACAGGGAAGAUCUAUCAGCAUGUUAUCAACAAAGAAAGAAAAGGAGACUACCUGGGCAAAACUGUUCAAGUUGUACCCCACAUUACAGAUGCAAUUCAAGAGUGGGUAAUGAGACAGGCAAGGAUCCCUGUAGAUGAGGAUGGAGUAGAACCUCAGGUCUGUGUGAUCGAGCUUGGAGGGACAGUAGGAGAUAUUGAAAGCAUGCCCUUCAUUGAAGCCUUCCGUCAAUUUCAAUUCAAAGUCAAGCGAGAAAACUUUUGUAAUAUUCAUGUCAGUCUUGUGCCACAGCCGAGUUCUACAGGGGAACAAAAGACAAAACCCACACAGAACAGUGUUCGCGAACUUCGGGGCCUUGGUCUUUCACCAGAUCUGAUUGUGUGCCGAUGUUCUACCCCUCUAGAUACCUCAGUAAAAGAGAAGAUUUCCAUGUUUUGCCAUGUAGAACCAGAACAGAUGGCUUUGUGGAUGUGGCUGAGAUCCUUCGCUUGCCCCGUUCAAGGCUGGUCCUUGGAAGACAUCCAGCGGGUUGUGGAGCAAACGAAAAGCAGCGCUUUGCACUGCGCCCACAUCCUUCUGGGGGGCACCUCCAGAUCCGCCGCCAACCAAGGGCACUCCUUGCAGAUUUUCCAGAGGUUGUGGCCCAUGGACAUACCUGCGCCACUGCCUGCAAUUCGCCGCGAGGGCUUGUCCGGAUGGGACGAUCACACAUCCAUUAGCACCAGGAUUGCCGGGGAAGCAAGUGUCCUGAGCGGUGGUAUGCCACUCUCCAACCUGAAGGAGGAACUGGGUCUUAUAGUCAAAGACAUCUAA